AUGGGCAAGCGAAGCCGGUCUUCAAGUUCUUCUUCAGAUAGCCACUCUUCUGAGGAGAAGAAGGACAAGAAAAAGUCCAAGAAAGACAAGAAAAAGGAAAAGGAUAAAAAGAAGAAGGACAAGAAGAAGAAAAAGGACAAGAAAAAAAAAGAGAAGGGCAAGGAGCAAGAGCUGUCCAAGGUCCCAAUGGUCCUGCCGCGAACAGGCGUCGCCGAGGAGCGCGAACGACUCCUGCGAAGCACUGCCAUACCUGUAGCGGUGCGCGGCCAGGGAACACACCAGAAGUGA